GUUUAUAAACACGCACAAAUCACUAUGGCUUCUCUUUGCGCGUGAUAUCCACAUUAAAGGCGCAUCCGUCUGGUGUCUCUAUCCAGCUACAGAGAGUCAGUGACGCCAACAUUAUCGCCACCUCGUCAAUUAACACCACGCCCUUUCGAAGAACUUUCGAAGGGAAGGAAAUGACGGUGCUAGGACUACGAAGAUGGAGAGCGCCAUUUACGCUGGUAAAGAUGCUAGCGGUGGUGGGGACACUCGGGCUGGGUAUGAACUGGAUUUUGACCUUACAUCCCACAAGCCACGUGGGGCCAGCGGGAAGUCUUGUAUUCCAACAGCAAAAUUACACUCAUGAGAUUGCUCCAUAUAACAGAGAAACACUUUUAAGUCGGACGUCAUCAAUACCAAGAGAGUGGUUUUCAGAUGCGAUCAUGUGGGGAACUAGACGAAAGAAUCCUGUGUACCUUAGCAUUGGAAUACCGUGCAUUUUCCGUGUCGGCAAACAGAAAUAUGUGGUGCACACGCUCAACUCUUUGAUAAAACAUUCGAGUGUUGAAGAAAAGAGUCAAAUGGUGUUGGUUUUAUUUCUGGCGGAUUUUGAUGAAAAAUACCGACAGGAAAUUGGAGAGUUUCUGUACCUCAAGUACAAAGAAUUUGUGGACUCGGGUUUUAUACAGAUGAUAAAAGCGCCAAAAUCAUUUUAUCCAAGUUUGGAUGUCCUAAAAAUCAAGGAUAAAGUCUCCCUCUCGACAGCUCGAUGGAGAGCGAAGCAGAAUUUUGAUUUUGCUUUCAAUAUGCUGUAUAGCCAGUCGUUAUCAGAGUAUUACCUGCAACUGGAGGAUGACGUCAUUGCUGUGCCAAACUACUUUUUAAGCAUCCGCGAUUUCGUCUCGCAGAAUGACAGACAAUAUAAAUCAGGGUGGGUCUGCCUGGAAUUCUGCAGCCUUGGGUUCAUCGCAAAGCUGUACCACACAUAUGACUUGGAAAAGUUGUCGCAAAUGCUGAUGCUCUUCCACAGUGAACAUCCCAACGAUGUCACUUACCUGCACUUCAACACACUGAUGUUUCAGCAUGAAAGAAUAAUUCGAAAGCCGACGCUUUUUGACCACAAGGGUUUGCGCUCCUCCCUAAAAUAUAAAAUAAAUUCCCUGAAGGACCCGAUGUUUAAAGCAGACCCCAAUGAGGUCGAGUAUAACGAUCCUGACGUUCUGGCUUCCAGACCCAGAAGAAACAAUCCCCCCGCAAACCUGUCCACCACUCUUAAACAAUAUGAGAUGUAUACACCACAAAAGUUUUAUCUCGGGGAAGAGGAAAUUUUCUGGUCUAGGGAUCCUAAAAGAGGGGACACCUUCAGGAUUGUGUUCGAUUCUCCUCAACACCUGUCCAAUAUUUCGGUGAAAACUGGCCAAGAGGAUUUUCCGGAGGACUUUCUACAAAAUGGCGUAUUAGAAUUAGGUAGGUCAGCAGCUGUAACGUCACCUCAACUCAGGUGCUCAGAUAUAGUGAUUUCUAAGAGCUUCAGCAAGGGUCACGUGGUUAUUGACAAUUUAUCACGAGAUCUCGCGAUAGCAUGCGUUCAAAUUGUUGUAAAAGAAAGACAAACUAACUGGCUGAUUAUAUCAGAGUUAGAAAUCCAUUGACAUUGCAUACUUGUAAACUUACUGGUUUAAGAGUACAUGGAUAGAGUUUUGGGACGGAGGGCAGUCACCGUCUUGAACCUCCUUCCGUUUAGACCCUCCUGUUAUUUUAACGUACAUGUGUGUAGAAAGAUUUACGGCAGUAAAUGACAAGAUGGCCACAGACCCCCAUUAACUUUCCAUAACCGACAAUCUUAACUUUUAGCGCUGUAGCCAACAUUCCUUGGCCAAUAAGCUUUGGUACAUACCUGGCCUAGUCUGUGAGAAAGAAGCCAUAAAAAUCUUGACAAAAGUUGACCGUCAAAAUCUGGACCUUUCCAUGCCGGCAGCUGGGAGGGGUGUCUAGCAACGCCAAGGGGACGUCAUUGGCAGCCUCAUUACCACCUGCCUCCUCGUGCCGUCUCGCCCAGAAUUUCAAACAUUCAUCAUUAAAACAAUUUCCAUCAUUUUGAUACCAAGCAUACACCUGUACAUCAAAAACGGCAGGCUGGCAGCAAAAAAAAGACUUAACACCCUAAAAUACACAGAAUGUAAAUAUCCUCCCGAAAAACGGAAGUUGUAAUGUGGGUCUGUGUCCGGAGGUACACACGAGUUGUUGUUGAAUACUGUACGCCACGGUUUAUUCCUUGGUAUAUUCCGUGUAUGGAAUGUUACGACGGCAAGCAGUUUGCAGCCGUAUCGGAUGUUCAGCCCUGAACACAGACGACAUAAACCUCGUGUCACGGACUGGAAUCCCUUCAGAUUCCCCCUGCAUGUGUAGCUGACCACAGUGUGAGUUGACUAUGAACGAAACAGAACAAACUUUCGUGAUUUUCAUAUCACGAAACUGUGUAGAUUAGUGUGAGAGAGAGAUAUCGUUGUGCUCGGGGCAUGUUGUUGUUGAUAUCGAAAGUGAAUGUGUUCUGGUCAACUUUAAAAGUAUUCUGGUUGUUUACUGUAUUACCACACACAUGUUCGCCUAAAUGACAUUCUAAUUGUGUCUGUAAUUGUGAUCUGUAAAUAUUUAUUCACGAUAUACCUUCUUUGUUAGCGUCAUUUCGUUAAAGAUGCUGUUAGUUCUAUAAGCACGUGUUCGGUUGUACGUUCAUCAAAUUAUACCUCUGCCGGCUCGUAGUAAUACACUACAUUCCAGCUACUAGUGAAAGGCCCUUAUGUUGUAACCUAGAUGAACAUUAAAGUAGUCCGUCACUCUGUGGCAGGGAUAAUUUUGCCAUUUCUUAAGUUGUCGGAAUGGGUAGACCUUUGAAUGUAUUUAAUUUUACAUGCUGUUAUAACGUUUUGAGAUAUGUGUACUGCCAGGCGCAUUGUAUUUAAUUCACUUGUCAUAAUUGAACUCAUAAUAUGUGGAUGCAUAUCCUUUAACUGUAUGACGAAAAUACCUAACGAACGUUGUUUCUCCUCUAGUCUCCUCUAUUGUAGCUUUUUACCUUCUCAUCACCUCGACACCUUGUGAU